AUGUUGUCCUGCUGCAAGAGCCCUGGACAGAAGCUAAAUAUGGCCGCUGUCUCACCAAAACUCACCCCAGUCAUGACAUACGUCCGGCGACGCCCCGGCCUAACGGCCGACCAACGACGUCCCGCGACAACUCGUGACAUUCUCUGGCUCACCAUUAACAAUACGACGAUAGUCAACUGCUACCGACAGCCUGACUUCGAUGCGGCUCUUGACAUACUCCUAGCCUGGAGCCCGCCGAGCAGGUGUUUGGUCGCGGGAGACUUCAACGCUAAACACUACAGCUGGCAGACCGGUCGUCUCGAUGGCCGGGGCGACGACAUCGCUCACUGGGCAGCUGAGAAUCGCCUCAGCUUGCUCAAUCCGACCGACGUGCCCACAAACCCGCAUGGGAAUACCAUAGACCUUGCCUUCUCGAGUGUACCACUGUCCGAGGCAGUCGUGGAGGACCAUCUGGCCACUAGUUCCGACCACUUCACGCUCAGCAUAGCGCUUCCGGAGGCGGGCGUAGCGCCAAUACCACCUGGAAAAGUCCGCGUCACGACGGAAGACGAGAUCAAGCGGUUCGUAGAUCUCGUCCAGUAUGGGUCAGUGGACAUUCCAGCCCCGACGACAACUAUCGAUGACCUUGAUGCUCUUGCAUCCGCCCUGGUGCGCCUCCUCCAAGCGGCGGCGAAGGUCGCCGGUCGCCCCGUUCGAAAGCAAGGACGCAGCGCCCCAUGGUGGACCGAGGAAUGCCGGCUCGCCGCAGCGGAAUACCGCGCGAUCAGAAGAGUCUAUCCCCUUGGAUUUUGUCGAGACGUUCAGCUGGCCAAGAAGGACUUCCAGAAGGUUGUCCGCCAAGCUAAACGGCUAUACUGGCGCAACCUCAUCGACAGCUUCAACGACAGUGCGUCUGUGUUCAAAGCCGUCCGAUGGUUGAAGUCACCAGGUGCCUUCCAACCACCACCCCUCGAGGCGGAUGGCGUGGUACACGAAACACAGCUCGACAAGGCCAAUGCCCUCCGACGAGCCACGCUGGAAAGACGAACGGCGGAAGACGACAUACCCGACCCGUGGGUCCCAGUCACCGCGGCAAGACCGAUACCUUUCGCUCAAGAUGUAUCACUUGCCGAGGUGCAGGACGCGACCAUCCGCACGGGAAACACAUCCCCCGGCUCUGACAACAUCACUGUCAAGAUGCUCAAAGCGGCCUGGCAUAUCAUCGGCGAACAUGUCCGUAGUCUAUACGAGGGAUGCCUCCGACUCGGUCACCAUCCGCAACCAUUCAGAGAGGCAGAGGUGGUCAUGAUAGCGAAGCCGGGUCGUCGGAAUCUGUCGACACCGCGCGCCUGGCGACCAAUCUCGCUGCUCUCCUGCCUAGGCAAGGGUCUUGAGAGGCUCAUCGCACGUCGCCUAGCGUGGGCGUCCAUCCACUAUGGUGUGCUCCAUCCGCAACAAGCUGGGGCCCUGCCGAAGAGGUCCAAGCGUUCGCUCGCGGACUGGUCGCCACACUGGUGA